AUGGCCAGAGAACCAGAGAAAGGUUUGUCUUUGAUUGGACUCAUUCUCGUCUGUGUUAAAAUGGUUGUUUCAGCCAAAACAGCUCCUGAAAUACCUACUAUUGAUCAGGCCUAUUCAAAACUCAGCAACAGUAUCACUGUAGAAUGGGCGUCAGUGCCGGGGGCCACCAGCUACCUGCUCACAGCCGAAGAUGGCGACACGGUUGUUGAAACCAUGGCGGCCAGUUCCCCAGGCACUGUGGCAGGGCUGAAGCCUGCAACCUUGUACCAAGUCACCGUCAGGUCCCUCAGUGCUGCCGGGAGAAGCCAGGCCUCUGCCCCAAAGCAGGCCAAGACAGUGUUGGCUGCGCCAAUUCUCGAAGUAAGCUCUCCAAGCCCAGAUUCAAUCCUCGUGCAGUGGGCAGCUGUGCACAUGGCAAUUGGAUUUUCCGUGUCCAUUAUGCAAGCCAACGGCUUGGGUAGAAUUUGGAAAGAGAAUACAACGAACACAUCCUUGACCUUCAGCAAUUUGGAGGCUGGGACUCUGUACACCGUGAAGGCCUAUGCCUGGAAUGCGAACGGAAUCCCUGGGGAUGACUCCACCUGCAAUCAGAGAACAAGUCCUCAUGCCCCUGCCGACAUUCGAGUCUCUUUUGACAGUGGCGCUCUGAGGGCAUCUGUUUCGUGGACUCCGACGGAAGGCGCUUUCAACUACACGGUGACGGCGUCCAGCAGCUCUUCCGAGCUCAGCUGCAGCUCAGCCGUCAGCUCCUGCAGCAUCUCUUCCCUGCUGUGCGGGACUGAAUACCUGAUUUCCGUUUUAGCAAGUAACGACGCAGGGUUUAGCAAGUCCUCUUCAGCAGUGAGCCUAAAGACUGUUGCUUGUGCACCUGGAAGAGUGACAAUCCAAGAAAACCCCCCUGGCCAUCUGUCUGUGGCUUGGUCCACUGUUGAUCUGGGCGAUUACUACGUGGCUUUUGUAAAGAGCGACGAUGGCUUGGAAGUACACUGCAACACAUCCCUCACCCAGUGCAACUUCUUGUCUGAGUGUGGUUUCACUUAUUUCAUCAGUGUUUUCGCCUAUAACAAGGCAGGACACAGUCCUUUGGGUGACGUAUUCAAUUACACCACAGCUCCCUGUUGUCCCAGGGACAUUAACCCUGUGUCAGUGUCUAGUGACAGAAUGGAGGUCAUAUGGUCUCCAGUCCGUGGCGCCGAGCUGUAUGAAACCAAGGCUGUGGCUGGGUACAACGUGGUAGAGUGCAAUGACACUGCUCCUGCCUGCACGCUCUCAGCUCUGGAGUGCGACACCAAGUACAAUGUCACAGUGUAUUCAUUCAGCGAAGUCCGGGGCAGCAAUAGGUCAUGCGCUUCCCGCUUUAUCACUACAGCUCCUUGCAGUCCUGAGAUAAAAAGUAUCUCAGAGGAUGCGUCUUCCACAAUCAGUGUGCGCUGGCGAGCCACUAAUGAAGAUGCCACUUACACGGUGACUGCCCAGGGGGAGAAGGGGCGCUACCGGUGCAGCAGCAAGGGAGAGGCCUGCAGCAUGGGGGGCCUGCCCUGCGGCUCUGUGUUCUCGGUCACCGCGGUGGCCGAAACGGAGGUGGGACGGAGCCAGCCCAGCUACAGUGUGCCCCUGGAAACAGUGCCAUGCUGUCCAGCUGGUCUGACAAUAACUCAGGUCACCCAGUCGGUAAUCAAUGUGAGCUGGACUUUUGACACAAUGGCCCAAACCUAUGUGACACUUCUGGAGUCACACACUGGACAGUCCAAGUGUCACACCCAUCAGAGUCACUGCCUCCUGGGAUGUAUCACAUGUGGCAUCAACUACACGGUGGCACUGAAAGCAGUUAGUGCCUCGGGGCUGACUUCAGACUGUGCCUACCGAAGUGAUUUCUCUAGUGCCUGCUGCCCUUUGGGGGUGAAAUUAUACAGGUUGGGCCCUAAUGGCAUCCGGAUCCACUGGCAGGUCUCCCGAGGAUCCGCCAAUUACAGCACCGACCUCUACGGCUCCAAAGGCAUCUUCACAUGUGCCCCAAGGGCCGGUCUCAGCUUCUGUGAUGUCACUGAGAUACCUUGUGGGGACGUUUAUACCGUGAUGGUCUCGCCAGUUGCCCAAACAGGACUGAAGCUCACCUUCUGUCCAAAAAAAAUAUACUCAGUAACCUGCUCUGGAAGUACACUUGGAAUGGUGAUUUACAGAGGGAAGAGCAAGGCCAAGUGA